ACUUGCAACAAUCAGUGCAACAACCAAAGACAGAAAUAUAACGCUUUUAAAGCGGAAGCGGAGCAGAUGGACACACACACAUGGCAAUGGAUGAUGAAUUGAAUGAAUUGAGCGAAUGGACGUAGACAGCCUUUAGCAACGGGCGUUUUUCCAACGGUUGAUUUCCUGCAAAUUGCCUCACGGUUGGAGACAAAAAGAAUAUCAUCGUGGGCGUUGGGGAUCAAGGCAAGGGUUAAAGAAGAAUAUCAGUCACAUGCCGAUCUUAAACUUUAUGUCACAAGCACUUGAAAACCAUAAAAAGACCUCCGAAACCUCCAUUUCCCCCCACAUGGUUUAUCGUUCAUCUUUUAGUGAUAUUCCAUUUGUUGCAUAAAAUCGCUAUCUGUUGAACCUUUUGGUCGCUCGGUAAUCAUGGCCUCCCCAGAAGCCCUCAUCGUCGUGCCAGCCAGCGCCCCUAUUAUGGCCAUAGGCAUUCUCUUUUUGUCCAUCUUUGUAUGGAAACUCCUUUUCUCAUAUCGUUCAACCAUCCCAAAUCCCGAGGGAUCGUUACCCAUUAUCGGAAGCACUCUCCUCAUUCGGCCAUAUCUAGAUGGCAAGCGCUUCUUCAAAUUUAUUGUGGACCAGCAAAAGCAACUGGGUCCAAUUUUCAAUCUCAAUAUGCUGGGAGCGUUCACACCUGUUAUUUGCGACAUCAAGGAGGCUCGUAAAAUACUGACGGACACUCAGUUGGCUUAUCGGGAUAAUACCUUCCAAAAGGCUGCAAUUGGCAUCGCCGAGCACGCAUUGUUCAUGUUACCCAGUGGUUCCCAAUGGAAAUACCACAGGAAGUUGGUCGCCCCGGCUUUCAGCCCCUUCCAUCUACGAAAGAUAUUUGCAGAAUCAGUCCAGCACACCGACGGUUUGGUUAAAGCCUGGCGUUCCCUUAUCUCGGCGUCUCCUUCAUCACCUCCCGUUGUCAAUUUGCAUCACCAUAUGCAAUGCCUCACCCUCGAUAUUGUAGGCGCUGUUGCGCUAGGGGGUUACUCGUUCAAUUCUUUAGCCAUGCUUGGAACCCCAGAAACCACAAACUACAAGACCGAACAAGUAACUGCUUUUGAAUACCUUGUUCAAGCCGCUGGCGACCGUUGGGGUUUGCCUCAGUGGAUUUGGCCACUGUUGGGCGUGGGUAAGGAAGAAAUUAAACGUCCUUCCACGGUUACUCGACAAGUUGCGAUGGAGAUUAUGGAAAAGAGGCGGAAGGAAUUAAAAACUAUCGGCGACAGCCUUGAUAAGAAGGAGAUGGAUGUUCUGGAUAAACUCUUAACGCAGGGGUCAGAUGGAGACGCUGAGCCUUUGACCACAGAAGAACUGCUGGAUGAGAUUAUCGGCUUUAUUUUGGCAGGCCAUGAAACAUCGUCGAACGCCGCUACAGCAGGCUUAUUCCAUCUCAUGCAGAACCCUGCUUCUCUUCAAAAGCUGCUCAAUGAAAUCGAUCAAGUCAUUGGAAAAGACGGCGUCCUUACGUGGGAGAAUGUCCAUGCUCUCAAGUAUCUGGAAUUAGUUGUAAAGGAAACGCUCCGAGUCAGCGGCCCCGUUGCUAUGAUUGGUCGGAAUCUGACAAAAGAUACGGUCAUCCUUGGCCACCUUGUUCCAAAGAACUCUCCUGUAAUUUUGAACGUCAAAGGCAUGCAGACAGACCCACGAUACUGGGGACCUGAUGCCGAAAAGUUCAGACCUGAACGAUGGGAGGAAGCUAGAGAUGAGGCAUCGGACGCAGCGUACCUCCCGUUUGGUGCUGGUCCUAUGAUGUGCGUUGGCUGGAAGAUGGCUGUACUUGAAGUCAAGAUCAUUCUCAUUCGGAUUCUCCAAGAGUUCUCGAUGACCUUGCUCCCUGACCAAGACUUUUCUUGGACCGUCGAUGGCAUAACAUGUGGAUACAAGAAGGGAGUCCUUGUCCAUAUUAAAGACCGGGAGACUUCAUGAGGAGACACCGCACCAUUCAUUGAUAUAUGAUACUAUGCAAUUUACUGCACCUUGCAACUGACCGAUUUUGGCGUGUUAUCUGAUCUUGACUUUAAAAGAGUAUGGAAGUUAUGAAGGCCUGGGCUGAUAAUAUAGUACCCAGCCAGUAUGCACAUCCAGAUAUUCCAGUAGGGUAGUAUGUGUAAUAUUGUAGUUGCAGCGCAAUGAUAAUCAAGAAAUAGGUAAUUCUGACCUCUUCACCUG